AAAGAAGAAUUUAAUUGGUUACACUAUGAAGAAACAGACAAAGGUGGUAAAAUGUUUUGUACUUGGUGUGAAUUUGCUAAAAAAACAAAUAGAUUUACAGUUGGAUAUAAUCAAACAAUUGAUUAUGGAUUUAAAUAUGCAAUAUCAAAAGACAAAUUAGAUAUUAUUCGAAUUAUGCAAUAUGUUUAUUUUUUAGCUAAACAUCAUUAUGCUACUCACAGAUUAAAAGAUUUAAAAAACCUAAGCACUCAGCAAUUUAAUGAAGCAAAAAAUGAAGCUUUAUUUGGACCUUUUAUUGGUUUAAAGAAAGUACAAUCAAUUAUGGAUCCACCUAAUUUAGUAUGUUCAGAAUAUGGUUCAUAUGAUAAUGAUGUUUCUGCACGAGAAUUUUUAGAAGCAAUUUCAUUUGUUAUUGAAGAAAGUUUAAGUAAUGAAAUUCAAAACUCACCAUAUUGGAGUAUUCAAAUUAAUGAAAGCAAUACGAUUAAACAAGAAAAAUAUGAUGCAGCUGCACAAUCAAUUGUUAAUAAUAUUAAUCAUUUUUUAAUAGCAAAAAAACUUGAUAUAAGCAAUAUGUAUCAUAUGGGAAGUGACAGGGCUAGUACAAUGAUUGACAAAAAAAAUGGUGUUGCAACUAUUUUUAAAAAGCAAAAUCCUUUUCUUUUAGAACACUAUUGUAUUGCUCAUAGAUUAGCUUUGGCAGCCAAAGAUGCUGCUGAAAAAGUUCCUUGUUUUGAAAAUUAUAAUUCUAUUGUUAAUAAUUUAUAUUCUUAUUUUACAGACUAUGUUACUAUUUCUGAAGUUUAUAUGUAUUUAAAUGCAACUAUUAAUUCAAUUACUACUCAAUAUAUUGGUCAUAAUGGAAUUUUACCAAACUAUAGAAACUUUUUAAGAGAAUAUAUUGAUGAACAAAAUAUAUUAAUUGAAGAUCUUCCUGAUUUUAUUUUACAAUUUGCAGUUGCAACUAUUGAAUCUCUUCAAGAUCGCUUUCCUGAUUCUGAAAUAUUAAAUUCACUAAGAAUUUUUGAUCCAUGUGAAUUACCACCACAAUAUAAUCAAAUUCAUUCUUACGGCAAUAGUGAGAUUUGUUCCUUAGCAAAUUUUUAUGAAAAACCAAAAAAACUUAAUCAAAUUGAAUAUCUAGCACUUAUUGAUAAUAAUUCACUAACUAAAGAAUGGGAUAUUUUUAAGUAUCAAUUACUUAAUUAUCGUAAUACUACAACAAUUUAUAUAUGGAAAGCACUUUUUGAUCUUCCUAAUUUUUCUACUCAAUUUCCAAAUAUUAAAAAACUUGCAUUAAUUUUUUUAAUUACACCUCUUUCUAAUGCUGUAGUUGAAAGAGUUUUUUCUCACCAAAAUUUAAUCAAAACUAAAUCUCGAAAUCGACUUAAUGUUUCUACUCUGUAUAUGCUACUUUUAAUUUCACUUAAUGGGCCAGAAA